CUAACCUUGUCGCGUGAAUUGAAUAAGUCGUCUUACCAAGCACUGCUGCAAUUCGUUACCACCUAUGUAACCGAAAACUUCACUUUGAAUAAGUGGAUCAUGUGUACCAGUGUGCAAAAGUUUAUCCAAUUUUCUGAUAACCGUGUCCGUUGUUCGCCUUAUCGGUUGGAUCCAAGAGGCAUAUCACCUCAUUGAACAAUUGAAGUUUUAAUCAGUCAAUUCACACAUUCUUGGGUCAAAAUCCAUUUACGAUUGUCUGCUUCGAUGGAUAAGGCAAUGUAUAAAUCACAAAUUUAUCACUAACAGCCCAAUUCAGUUCAUGCAAAUUUCGACCACAAGAAGAAAAUGCGACAAAACAUACAUAUAUCUUCACUACAUUAUCAAGGCAAUGAGUGAAUUUUUGAUUGCCUACAUACAUACGAGGUCCAGCAACCCUUAAAACUCAAAGAAAAUGCAACCCUGGAAUAACCGAACAUAUAAAAGCGAAUUACGCGCUGACGGCAAAUUAGGGGAAGGAUCAUUCGGCAUUGUUUACAAGGCCUAUAGUCAUUCUGAAAAGUGUCACGUUGCGAUUAAAGCAAUUUCAAGGAAGCUCCGCCAAGGAAAUACGUCUUCUUACACAGAUGACUCGGUCAUGCCGUCCAUUUCUGUGGCGAAACUUCGCAAGGAAAUUAAAAUUCUGUUAGGCCUCACCCACCCCAAUGUUAUUCGCUACUAUCACAGUUGGCUGGAAGAAAAAUUCCUAUUUAUCAAGAUGGAAUAUUGCGAAACGACGUACAAAUCUUAUUUUUCUCUAGACUUUUGGAAUCAGGAAAAUCGAAUUGAAAAUCAAGUUUUUAUUCAGCGUCACAUUUUAAAACAAAUUUUAACUGGGUUGCAAUAUAUUCACGAAAAAAAUAUCAUUCAUCGGGACAUAAAGCCAGAUAAUAUUUUGUUGCAAGGUUUUCAAGAGAAACAAAUUUUGGAAAUUGGAAACGUUAAAAUUUGUGAUUUCGGACUGGCUGAACUUACAGAAAAUUCCCUUUCAAGUAAUGUCGGAACACGGACAUACCGAAGCCCGGAAAUGAGCACGGCCGAUUACACAGGAAAAACUGAUAUUUAUUCCACUGGCCUUGUUUUCUAUAAAACUAUAUACUUGUUCGCUUCGCGCCCCGCUACGAUCCAAGCCUUUCAGGAAAUUUUGGGUGGAAGUCAUAAUUUUCCGAAAAUCCUGGAGGAAAAAUGUGGAUUUAGUCUGCAAAUUUUGCAAGAGAUGACCUCCUCGUCAGCAGAUCAACGACCUUCGGCAGUUGAACUAUGUGAAUGGAUUACGGAAGGUUGUGUCCCGGAUCCUUCGUCUUCACCAAUCAUUCUCCCUGAGAAAAACUUCGUAGGAAGACAUGCUCAAUUGGAGCAAUUACACAAUCUCGUGAAAAAAGUGUCAGCAACUAAUCACAUUUACAUUGCUGUCCCCGGGUCUUCUGGAAUAGGAAAAUCGUCCCUUUGCACACAGUUUUUAGCAGCUCUCACCACCGCUACUACGACAUCGACAGCGUAUUGCUUCGAAGUGGAUGGCAGCAACUGGAACACCCUGAAUACGAACUUAUUUGCCAAGCAUUGCAUUACGGUUCCGGUAAAACGUUCCCAAAUUUCAUCACAUUUCCUAGAUGCAGAACUUAUUGUAAUUUAUAUUGACAAUUUGUUUGGAAGUUUUAUCCCAACUGCAAAACUUGCGCCCUUAGACGAUAACGGGGUUCGCAAAGUUAGAAUUGCUUUGUUCAAUCACGAUUCCAUAGAAACCGAUUUGGAUUCAGAUUCCACUGAUACCGAGGGCGAUACUCAUCCACUUAUACGCCGCGAUACACUAAUCGAAAUUCCACAAUAUGAUCACGAGGAGGAUAAAGCUAAGGUUCGUGUAUUUUUAGAAAGCUUGUCUGACGUACUGAGAAAGUUACAAAAAAAAUUAGUAGUAGUUGUAUCUUGUGAGGAAGAGGAUCCCUUCACUGCACGAUUUGAACAUUUUAACUUGCCCCUUGAGGAGUUCGACGUCCCUGAGGCCGAAUUCCUAGUUAAAAAACUGUUUGUGAUUAAUGAUGCCAAGCAAAUUUCAAACCUUGUAUCGAGGUUAGGACAAUUCCCACUAUUCAUAUCACGAGCUGCUGUAUUUCACAAAGCAAACUCAGUUUAUGGCACGAUACCUCAAUUUUUAGAAGCUAACAUUAUCGAAAUUACUGAAAAAAUUAGCAUCGAACAGGUCCAACGUUAUAAGAAAGGAGUCGUACCCAUGUCAAGAAUUUACAAAGAAUUGGACAAUGUCGCUAUCCUUAUGCUUGCAAUGUUGGCAUUUUUUCCUCCCCGUUAUAUCUCUGCGGAAAUAUGCACCUUGGUGAUGGAAAAGUUAUUAAAGCAAUCUCCUACCGCUGGUCCAAGUACUAGAUCUACCAAUCCAGUUGAAAACCUAAUUAUGAGCUCGAGAGGAAUGUUAAAAAAAUUCGGGUUUUUGAAACUGUUAGCAGAGGGAAGUCCCCACCUUUUAAGCACUCAUCAAAUAUACCAAAGACGGACUUUCUCAAGUUUAAGGCCAUUCCAUAAACCAUUCUCGUUACGAAUGCUAGCAGCGCUUCAAGAGUUAAUCAACGAAAAUGAAAUUAACCCUGAAAUAAUUACCGAACGCAAGUCAAAAGACGACCUAAUUAAUGUUGCAUCGACAGUUUGGGACAAUUGUAAGGAUUUAUGCAAUCCCCACCAAUUCCUAACUAUACCUAAAUUUCUUGACGACAAAUCCCCUGAAGUGUAUUCCAAUAAAAGGUUCAAAUUCCUAGAAUUCGUCACCCAAGGCGUUAUUAACAUCGACCUCGACCACAGUAACAUUGAUCGAGAGGAAUUUAACUGUUUGGCGAGUCGUUACCUUUACACGAGCAUCUACUCUUACAUGAACUAUACCUCAGGAAUUACAGAUAUUCUCAAGAAAAGGGAAAAAUUUGCAGAUUUUAAAGUUGAAACUAAACUUAACAAUUUACAUUACACUGGGAAAAUAUAUAUCAUUUUUAACAUCUGCAUCUUCCUUCUAAUGUCUUGCAUGAUAGCAGGGCCAUUUACCUUUUGGUGGUAUUCGAAUCGAUCCUGGUUUGAGCUCUGGUGGUAUGACAUUUUUGGCGUGGCUAUGUUAGUAGUUCUGGCAGUGUUUGUUCCCUUAUUAAAAAUUCAUGCGUUGUUGAUUUACUCAAAUAUUUGGAUAAGAAGACUUGUUCAAUGGUCCACCAUUGCAGCAUAUCUUGUUACUUUUGGAAUUUAUAAAGUUGCAGAAUAUUAUAGGUUUCGAAUAAAAGGUAAUGAGCAACACGUAUCCAAAAUACUGAUUGGUAUUAUUGAACAAGAUAUGACGAUGUCAACGAUUAUAAUUUUCUGCAUUAUUGGAGCAGUUACUCUCUGCUACGCUCAUUCAGUUAGGAUAUCGCUUUCCAUAAUUCGGGCAAAUUUUCAGUACCAGAAAAAAUUAUCUACAGCUUCAACAAGUGGGGUAUUAAUAAGUAUUGCAAAGUUAUCUUGCACCGUUGUACUGCAAAGCCUGACAGAGUUAUUGCAUCUUCUUUUGUCAACUGUGGUGGUAGCAUUUAUGUCAGUGAGAUAUAUUCGGUGGCUCUGGCAUAAUAGUUUCUUUGAAGAAUAUUCUGUAUUCAUUGUCCUUGUUAUUAUUUGUGGGGUGUUCUUAAUUUACAACUUUUUCUUACUUUGGCUGUAUAAAUGGAUGAUAUUAUUCUCGCUAUGGAUAUCCAAUAAAAUGAGUAAGUAGCGGAUCAUUCAUGUACAGCCCUGUAAAGUCAGCUGACUAGAUACAGGCCCACUUGAACAACUUAUUCGUGAUUUGUUGUUGAGACACAUAGUGGGCAGCUGCUCGGGCCUGUGUCUUGCCAGCUGAGUUUAGAGGGCUUUUCAUAUAUAUUUUUAUUCAAAGUGCAUCAAUGUAUUAGAUAAUGUAAUUAAUGUUAUCUUGGAUACCAUUUUGUGAGGCAGUCUGACAAUCCUCGAUCUUGAUAAGCAGCAAUUUUUUAAACUUAGAAAGGCAUCAUUUUUGUCCAGCUCAGGAUGUAUACAUCAAAAUUAAUGUUAGUUUGACUUCCAAAUGGCGAUUUUCGUCGUGAUGAAGUACAGGAAAACUAGCAUGGUUUAGGACAAACUCGGUGCUUCCGAAUUUUUCUGACCUGUUCACAGUGCCCGGCCAAUUUUUUCGUCAUAUACACUGCCAUUAUGAAUUAGUCUUCGAAUUUAUAAUACGUUAGACAACCUUGUCAUCAAUUCGAUUACCUAUUUUAGAAAUAGGAAAAUCUAGUAUUUUAAUCUGACUAAAAUUUAACUGAAAAAUUGUGUUCUUCGGUCAGUCAUAUUAAUGUUUAAUUUGAAUGUAUUUUUAAUUUGAUGAGUGGCAUGUAGGUACAUAUAAUAAAUAAUCAUAUAUAAUCAACAUAUGUUCAAGCUAACAAUAAGAUUAAGUAAAUAAAGUAAGAUAAACAUCAUCUAAUUGUCAACAUAUUUCAGUCCACGUCAACAAGAUUUAUAGAUAUUUAAUCUGUUGUGCAUAAAUGGAACGCAUAAGAGCUCGUACACAUAUGUUAACAAAUUUUAAGGCUUAAUCCAAAUGAGUAAUAAAUAAAUAAUUGAAG